AUAUCAUCAUACACCGCACACAGCGUCGAACCGUUAACAAAAUGGCGCUAUCGAUAAACUAACUUAAUGUACACUGCCGUUUUAUACAUGUAGUUUAUAGUGUAAUAUAUAAUGAAAGAUAUAAUUUUAGCUAGUUUAUCUGUCCUCGCAUCGAUCGUUCUUGUGAUACUGUUCGCAUUGCUAGGUUGGUUCAUCGUUUGGAAACUAAUAUUAAGCCGAUUCAGAUUCAUCAGAGAACUGAUAAAGAGCGCGGGGGACAGCACCAUCACUGAACUGAAGACUACCAGAAAUAAGGUUAAAAAAACCCGAAAAGACUGACCUAACCACUAAAAUGAACAUCCGCUGCGCGAAGCCCGAAGACCUCAUGAACAUGCAGCACUGCAACCUGCUGUGCCUGCCCGAGAACUACCAGAUGAAAUAUUACUUCUAUCACGGCUUGAGUUGGCCCCAACUGAGUUACGUGGCGGAAGACGAGAAAGGUAACAUUGUGGGCUACGUCCUCGCUAAAAUGGAGGAGGACCAGGAAGACUUAAAGCACGGUCAUAUUACUUCAUUAGCUGUUAAGAGAUCGCACCGCAGGCUCGGUCUGGCCCAGAAACUGAUGGAUCAAGCCUCCGAGGCGAUGGUGGAGUGUUUCGACGCUAAGUACGUGUCUCUGCACGUAAGGAAGAGCAACCGAGCCGCUUUAAAUCUGUACAAGAACUCUCUGAAGUUUGAAACUGUCGAGAUCGAGCCGAAGUAUUACGCCGACGGAGAGGAUGCAUAUUCGAUGAGGAGAGACCUGUCCGAGUUUUCGAGGAAAAUCAAGACGAAGCCCGACGAAAAGAAUGAGGAGUGACGAGGUACACGUUAUUUUUCCGUUUGUAUUUAACGAUUGCAUAAAUUAUUUGUUAUAUUUCUGUUUUAUUAAGGGAAUUAAAUAUACUAAUAGACUCGUGCAGUUCUCUGUAUAAAGUAGUUGAAUCACUUGACACUAGCGCUGGUUUUUGUAACGAUUAUUUACUUAAUUACAGCGAAAAUGUUAUAAACAUAAAAAUAUGUAAGAUGUAUCGCCAUUUAGGGGUAAUUCCAAAUAUAAUUUUUAAAUAAA